AGAAGAGCGCUUCGAUUUAUGAAACGUAUAUCAAAUAAAAAAAUAAAUUUAGGUUAGAUUAUCAUUUUUGUUUGAAAAUAAAUAAAACAUGUCAAUAAAUAUAGAAAUAUAUCUGAAAAGGGCCGAUAAAAUAUAUACCGAGGGAGAAAACUUAACGGGUGUGAUAUCUUUGUCAACAAAUUCGGACUUCAAACAUGAAGGAAUAUCUUUAACUAUGGAAGGAUCAGUAAAUUUACAAAUUAGUUCUAAAAACGUAGGGAUACUAGAAGCUUUUUAUAAUUCUGUAAAGCCUAUUCAAUUACUAGGGAUAGCAUGUGAAGUAUGUGGUCCAGGCAAACUACCUUCUGGGGUUACAGAAAUACCUUUUGAAAUUCCUUUAAAGCCCAAACCCAACAGAAUUCUAUAUGAAACAUAUCAUGGUGUUUAUGUAAAUAUCGGUUAUACCAUCAAGUGUGAUAUUAAAAGAUCAUUUUUAUCAAAAGAUUUACAAAAGACUCAACAGUUUUUAGUACAGUACAAACCUGGAUACAAUGCUUGUCCUCAAUUACCUCUCAAAGAUAAAAAGACUCCUUUGAAUUUUGAGUUGAGUCCUGCAACUUUAACUAGUGGAAGAUCAGGGGCCCCAAAUUUUUUAUUAAGAGGACAUGUUGAGUCUGUUUGCUGUAAUAUUGCCAAACCUUUGAGGGGAAAAAUAAUUCUAGUUAAAUGUGCUGUCCCAGUAAAAUCAAUAGAAUUACAAUUAGUAAGAGUAGAAACUUGUGGGUGUGCAGAAGGAUAUGCAAAAGAAGCUACCGAGAUUCAAAAUAUACAAAUAGGAGAUGGAGAUGUUCCCCACAACAUUCCUAUACCAAUUUAUAUGGUUUUUCCAAGACUGUUCACAUGCCCGACUCUAAUAACUACAAACUUCAAAUUAGGUAUAUUUUAUUUGAAAAAUAUUAUACACACAUAUUUUAAAAACCAUGAGUUAGUGUUUGUGACAUUAUGUUUUGUUUAUUAUCAAUAUCUCAUUUAAAUCGAGAUGAUUAUUUUUCAUCUUCUUCUAAUAUCAAUUUUACUGCUCCGUAGAUCAUAAUUUUCUUUCACAACUUUCAGUAAAACAAAUACUACUGAUAAGUCAAAAGCAUAUAUUUUUUUAUUAAAAAAAUUACUUCAUCCUCACUGUUUAGACUGCAGUGGGUUGCUCUUAAUAAUUGGUACAAAUGAAAAAAAAAUAUCAGGUAAUUUAACAAGCUUUUACCAAUUGAUGAAAAACCAUUAAUUACAACACAUCCGAAUGAUACAUGAGUAUGUAUGUAAUCAAAUUAAAAACAAUGAGAAAUGGACGAAGGCAUGUAUUAACACUAAUUUUAAUGAGAUUUACCAGUUUCAACGUUAUGGUUACAUUCCACUUUACCAGAGUGUAAUGGGAAUGUGUGUGAGUAUUGUUCUAUGUCCUUGCACUGAUUAAUUUUAAAAUGCAAUAAGGUGAGACUGAUUAAAAAAAUGUAUGCAGAAGAUGGAAAAAUGUUUACCAUUGCUUGAAAGUACAACCAAAGAUUAAUCGUCUAAUGUGGUUCAAACGAGUGGCCUCUCAAAUACCUAACGAAAUUUAUCUCCAAAAUUUUUUUCUUUAAAACCAAAUAUUUAUUGAUACGAUUUUGAAAGAACUACGAAUUAACGGAAUAUUCAAACUUUGUGGUAGAAUUAGUAGAUUUGACACUUUUCCUGUGAAAUAUAUUUGAACAUUGCUUAGCUGGAUUGUUUAUUAUUAAUUUAUUUCUUUGAAUUAUUGUUUUUCAUUAUUCAAUUUUGAUUUUACAAAAAAACAUUCCAUCUUCUAAUAAUCGAUUUUUUUCAUGAUCAUUUUCCUUUUUUUUUAGAAUUUGAAAUUAAUUUAGUCAUAGUUUUCCAUGAUGAUCAUCUGAUAACAAAUAAUUUUCCUAUAAUUCUGGUAAGGGAAUAACAAACAAAGACAUCAAAAUAUUACAAAAUAUAUUAUUGUAUAAGUGAAAUACAUUUUUAUAUAUAGAAAAUUGUACUAAUAAUAAACCACAGAUUUUAUAACAAUAUUGUGUUUGAAAUGUACAACUACUUCAAACACUAAUAUAAAAAAUUUCAAACAUUUACAGAAGAAUACAAAUUAAUAAUGUAAUGAAAAAAAAAAUACUACAAUAAUUAUUGGUAUGUUAACUGCAAUAUUACGUAUAUCGAAUAUAAAGAGUAUUUUUUUAAAUUUAUUUUAAAAACAUGUUUAAUUUCUGAUCACAGUAUAUGAUUCAUUAGAUUAUCUAUUUUAAAGUCAUCAAUAUUAUUCUAUACUAAAGAAAAGUGACACAAGUCAAAAUUUUAAUUUAGUGGUUAACCUUUUACAUCUAUAGAAAAGUGACAGUUGUGAUUUUGAUCCCUUGCAAAAACGUCAUAUUUCUGAAAAUUUUAAUGAAAAAUAUCUGACUUAAUUAGGUUAGGUCAGUUUACAUAAAAGGUAAAUGGUGUAAAUAUUCUUUUUGUCGGUUUGACAAAGUUCACGUGAAAGGGCAUGCUUUCAGGUGUGUGAAAAUAUCGACACAUUCCUCACUUUUUUUCCGCGAACACCAAAUAUCAUGGCUUAAGUCCAAAAAAUGCCUUUUUGAUUUUUAAAUGUCAUUUGAUAGAGAAUCAAAAGAUGCACAUCUAGAAAACGCUGAUAGAUCUUCAAAUCUAUCAGCGACAAUAUGUAAAAAAAUUACAAGAACUCACAUAAAAAUAUCAACAACACAAAUGAUUACAACUACAGUGAUAUGAAAUCUAGUAUCACUAUAAUAAAAUAUAACUACUUUUAGAACCUCAAGUCAUUUGAAUAAAUAAUGUACUAGUGACUCAGUAACGUUGCAAUUUUAAUCUAAUUUAUAUAUAAAAUAACUACUAACAUACAAUAAUAUAUACUUAGCUAGAAAAAUAUUGCAGAAAACAUUUAUUUAGAAAACUUCUAGUUAUAUUUCAAUAAAUUUUGAUAUUUGAGUACAAUCUUA